GGAGUUGUAGUCCCAGAUGCCCUGGCGCGCCUGGCUGGCGUGGAAUCCUAGGACUACAAUUCCCAGGCCUUCUCCAAGCCAUCCCGCACAGGCUCAGAGCCCCAAACCAGUAGGAGGUGGCUACAUUGUAUCUAUUGUAUCCCUUGGCUGGUGCAUUUUUACAUUUCCUUGGACCUGAAAUUGAGAGUGAAAAGCAUGGCAGAUGAACAAGAAAUUAUGUGCAAAUUGGAAAGCAUCAAGGAAAUCAGGAACAAGACCCUGCAGAUGGAGAAGAUCAAGGCCCGUUUGAAGGCUGAGUUUGAGGCACUGGAGUCAGAAGAGAGGCACUUGAAAGAAUACAAACAGGAAAUGGACCUCCUGCUACAGGAGAAGAUGGCCCAUGUGGAGGAACUCCGACUGAUCCAUGCUGACAUCAAUGUGAUGGAAAACACCAUUAAACAGUCUGAGAAUGACUUAAACAAGCUUCUAGAGUCUACCCGGCGACUUCAUGAUGAGUAUAAGCCACUGAAGGAACAUGUGGAUGCCCUGCGCAUGACUUUGGGCUUGCAGAGGCUUCCUGACUUAUGUGAAGAGGAAGAGAAACUCUCUUUGGAUUACUUUGAAAAGCAGAAAGCAGAAUGGCAGACCGAGCCUCAAGAGCCCCCCAUACCUGAAUCUCUGGCUGCUGCUGCUGCUGCUGCCCAGCAACUCCAAGUGGCCAGGAAGCAAGACACAAGGCAGACGGCCACUUUCAGGCAGCAGCCUCCACCUAUGAAGGCCUGUUUGUCAUGUCACCAACAAAUUCACAGAAAUGCACCUAUAUGCCCUCUUUGCAAAGCCAAGAGUCGGUCCAGGAACCCCAAAAAGCCAAAACGGAAGCAAGAUGAAUGAAGAGAAGGUGACUGUGAACGCUCCGUUGAUCAUAAGCCCUCCCUGUGGCCUGAGUGAUUAAUGUCCUGAUGUUAAAGAAAAACAAAAACAAGAACAAAAAACAACCCUUCCCCCUUCCCCACCUCCACUAAGUCUUCUAUUUAAUUUGGUGGAAGAAUAGCCCCUCUGUCAUUGCUGUAACUUCUUUCUGUUCUUGGGAUUUCUGGUUUAAAAAGAGAUGCAAUUCAGGUGCUAAUGACUGGGUCUCAUGACCCCUUCUCUCCCACUCACAUUUCAACUACCACCCUUGUUUGGAGCUGAGUGAAGGGUAAAAGGCCCAGAUGGACUUGUUCUUUUGUGCCUGAGGCCUGGUGCCUAAUAAGCUGCAGAGUCUGAGGACGGGAGGAUUCCUAUAUCUUUCUAUUAGAAAAGGCCUGUUCCUUCUACUUUUGCUUUAGGCUCUGAAGGGACAACUUUUUUGCUGGACUUCCCAAAGGGCUGGAUGCAUAUAGCUCUGUAACCCCCAUGAUUCAGGUCCAGAUGCAACUUAGACAAAUGUUCCUUUUUAUUUUAAUCUGUGAGGACCUCAUGUUGUUUAAUUAUCUCCACCCAAGUCUUCCAGUUACACUAAUAUUUUUAGGCAGCAGACUGGGUGUCUGGGGAAUCCUGAGAUCUUUCGGCCUACCCUCAUACUUCUAAUCUUUGCAAAUGAGUAGUCAUUCCCCAAAAUUUAAUUAGGGAUCCAGACCCAUGCUACAAGUCUGUUUUGUAUAAGGUAGCCUCAGCUUAGGACAACUGCUGGUUUUUCCUGAUUAUGUAGGUGACAUUUCUUCCCCAGGGAAAAAGCACUAAACUCCCCAAACCCCAGAACCCACUUCUCUACCAAAGCUAGAACUCUUAGUCAAGUCAUUCUUAAAUGACUUAAGGGAUGAAAAUGGUGGCUGACUAAUUGAAGAAACUUUAGCCUCCAGUCUCAGUCUCUGGCUGGGGAGAAGAGGAGGGUAUUUAUCCUUUUUUCCUUUAACUUUAGUUCUAACUGACUACAAUAUGUGUUUAAAACAUUAGAGAUUAUUCUGUUUUUUGAAAGUAAAAGUGUUAUGGCUGGAUAAAUCCUUUUAAAUAAACAUUCACCCAUUGGAAUACA